ACAAGUUUUCAAGUCAGCAAACGCCCACUUUGGAAUGCGAGGGGUAAUUAACUGUGAUAACUUAGCCCGUAUUAUUUCUUCUCGGCUGUAAAAAAAAAAUAAAAAUUCGGCUAGCCUGGGCACCCCAGAAUGCACGUCCGGGACACCAUUCCCAGUCACAUUCCCUCCCCCAGCUGUAAUAACACUAGAACCAGGAUAGCAUUGUGUAAACACUAAUUUGAAUACACCAUGCACCAGGACCCGGAUCUCUCGCGUGACAUGAAUGACGUGGACAGUGUGUCAUAACACAGACAACACAGGCAGUCUGUGCAAAUUGCAAACUUUAGCUUUAGUUGUUUUUGUGCACUGGUUCUUGUUUUGCGACGAAUGCCGGAAGGGAAGCUUGGAUAUACAACAUAGCCUGACAGUCAUCUGUCAUAUCACACCGAAAGGACAUUUGUAACAUCCCCAUCUAAGGAAGUAGACUGCAGCCAUGGCAGAAGGAGGAUUUGACCCAUGUGAAUGCAUCUGCUCUCAUGAACAUGCUAUGAGAAGACUCAUUAACUUGCUGAGACAGUCCCAGUCGUACUGCACAGACACAGAAUGUCUUCAGGAGUUGCCAGGACCGAACCCUUCCAGUGAUGGCGACUUUACUAUGCCAAUGAUAAUGAUGGCAUGGAUGGUUAUUGGCCUGGUUCUGUUUCUUCUUAGACCAGCCAGGAUGAGGGGACCCAGUACAGCAGGAAAGCCAACAAGCCCACAUAAUAAUCAUGGACAUGAACCCCCGGCGCCCCCAGUGGAUUAAACCAAACCAUUGACUGACAACAGCCAAGGAUUCACAUUAUGACCAAAUGAAUUAUUGUGGCCCAGAUACACCUUAGAGAUGUUUCCUUGUCUCUAUUAAGCCAAUAUUUUCCUAUACUGUUUCUUGUUACAGAUGGCUUCUUAAUCAAAUGUUGUUUUUUGUAGCUGGAUUUCAUCUUUAUAUCUACAGACUCUGAACAGUUUAUUUACAAUUACAGGUGAAAGGGGUGUUUUGAUGUGAUUUGUUCAACAUUCCAGGUCAAAUGUAUAUUUAGAAUGCUUUAGACCCAAUAAUUUAAUUUGCAUAUUAUUAUGUAUAUGUUAAUAUAACACAAACUGGAUCAUCAAAAAAACAUAACCAUUUACAAAACAUACAAAAACUAGACAUCCUGUCAUUUUAUGUGCUUGUUUCUAUAGAGAUGCAAAAUUUGGAUUUGUACAAUCUAGGGUUAUUGCUACAGAUUAAUUAUAAACUUUGAGAGGUCAGUUAUCAUUUAAUUAUACCUAACAUAAAGUGACAAAUUCAACAAGGUAAUUUCUCCAAAUUGCAUUAUGUAAAAGGAAAAAUCAUACUAUUAAUGGUAUAAAACUAGUAACAAUCAAGGUUAAUGCAGGAGCUAAACUAUUAGUCUUGGUUGUUUAUUAGUAUUUUCUGAACAUCAUUAACAAUUUGAUUUUAAUUUAAGUAUACGGUACAAAGUAAACUUUGGAAAAAAAUACAUUUUUUCUGGUACUAAACUGUUUGAUUGAAAGUGUGUGAUCAAAAUGUAGAUUUUGCCCCACUUAGUUUUGAAACUCUUUAAAUGGUAACAAAAAUGUUUUUCUUACUUAAAACCAGCUCCAUCUUUUAAUGACUGCAAAUUGUAAAGAAUUUUGGUCAAAUGCCUGGUAAAACACAAUUACUCUAAAUGUGCCUGUAGUGUGACCUGUAUCAUGUAUUUCUUGUUUAUUUUUCUGUACAAGACACAAACUGUUUAAUUCAUUAUUUUUAAUAUAUCAUUCUGUAAAUCUUGUCAGUACUGAAAGAGUUGCUGUCAAUUCAGGAAUUGGUUACAAAAUUGGAUUCUAAAUAUAUAGUUCAGUUUAGUUUAUCGAUUUGCUGAAGAUUCCUUUUGUUUUACACUGGCCAGCUUUGUUUCAAGGUGAACAACGUUUACUAGUAUGAGAAUUACCUCCUAGUUGUACCUUUCACAAAUGCCAAACUUUAUAGGACUGUAUUGAGCUCAUUGUUUUGCUACCAUGCUUAUUGUGCAUUUGCUGUUUCUUUGCACAUUUAGUCAAACAUUCUUCAAAUACACACGUCUAUUGCUUAAGAUUCAAGAAACAUAGUUUGUAAAGUCUUUUUGUGGGCAGGGUCCAUCACAGGUGUUCUUUGGGUAAGCCCAUGACUUUCCUUAUAAUCAACCAUUCUAUUCUUUCUGACAUCAUUCACACAUCCUAAAUAAAAUGGAGCUGCAUCUUUAUAUACUGUAAUGAAAUGUGUGAAUUAACCUUCACGUUUGAUGGAAGUGCAAAAAGAAGGGAUAUAGAUCAGAGUUACAGGUUACAUGUUGCUUGAUGAUGUGUUUUUUUUUUAACCUGGACAAAAAUGCUUUGUUUGUGCUGCUGCGUUAAAACUAUAGAUCCCCAGGCUGCCAGAAUGGUGUUAUGUCUGCGGGUGACAGUACUGUAUGGUAAGCAGAUAAUUCCUUAAUCCCUUCAGAUAUUUCCACAGCUGUAGGUGGCACAACAUAUGAGAAGUACUUCUUAAUUUGCAGUAUGUAAAAAUUCUGACAGUUUGUUCUCAAUGUUCUUCACCUUGAUAGAGAUGGGUGUCGGGUGUAAUAUGCCAAAUUUAAUGUGGGUUUAUAUUGUUUCUUUAGAAUUUCUAAAAGGAGUGCCAUUUAGGGCUUCAUCUAUACUGUAAAGGGCUUAUACUAUGCACUUUCUUAUUAACUAUAAAAUAAAUACAAGAGUGAAAAAAUUG